AUGGCCGAUGACGUAAUCAAGUACGAAAGUGCAGCGUACAGCAUUUUUCGCAACGAAGACGUAAUCCAUUUAGAGACAAGUACUGUAGAUGAAAUUACUUGCAUCUGGAGCGGAAGUGAGGAUGUCAGAGACGUCCAAAGAAUGUGCUUCGAAUGGGAAUUCGACUGGGGCAAAAUCAACAAUCUGAGAGUUAACAAAUUGACUGAAGAGAGAAAAAUUCUCAGGAGACAUAUGAGAACCGAUUAUGUCAAUAAUGAUGUCAGAUUCAAGUAUUCCCUCAUUCCUCACUAUGUCACGGAACUCGAAGAACCAUCUUACAAUUACAAUGAGAUGUGUACUCUAUUCGAACAAAAGGAUUCAGUACUAGUGGUUGAAGGAAAGAAUCUCCAUGUCAGCAAAGCGUUCUUGUCCUACCACUCCGAGUACUUCCGUGAACUCUUCUCAUCAGACUACAAAGAAUCACAAAUGGAUGAGAUUCCAAUCAAAGACGUCUCAUUUCAAGAUUUCGCUAUUCUUCUCAGCAGUUUCUCUCCGAAUCCAGUGUUCCCAAACGACGACACCGUCGACAAACUUUUGGAAAUGUCUCGUCGAUUCAUGGUGCUCUCUGUCAUAAACAUCAUCGAGUAUCAUCUUUUAAAUAACUCAAAAAUCGAUGAUAAGAAGAUGUUGUGGUUGGCUGACGAGUAUGGAAUGUCGAAACUUCUGGAGAAAUGUAUUUGUGGAUUAACAAUUGAGAAAGUGAAGAAUUUUGCUCAAUCUCCUCAAUAUGGAAAGCUGUCGGAUAGUGCCAAAGCAAAAAUUCUCGAUCGUCUCGUAAAAUAA